CUCAAAGUCAUACUUCCCACAGUAGUGGCCCUUCAAUCUCGUGGAGUCAACUGUCUCAACCGAUGCCCUGUCUGCUGGAGACAUCGAGAAAACAUUGAACAUUUAUUCUUCAGAUGCCCCCCUAGCCACCAGAUUGUGGACUUUAGUGGGAUUGAGCAACUUUAUUGAGACCGCCCAGACUGUUAACUUUAGUCUACGGUGGCGACAGGUCAUGGUCUCCGAGACCUCCCAAUUCCACAUUCUCCAAUGCGUCUGUUUACUUUGGAGAAUCUGGAAGUCUAGAAAUAAAGUGACCUUCGAAUUUUUCCAACCCCAUGUCCGUUCCCUAGCCAGACAGUUCUACAACCAGGUACUCGAAUUCUCCAAUCUUCUUCCUCCUCCUCCGCCCCGCAGCUCUCUAAUCCCAAUUCAUCCUGCCACCACUUGGGUCCCCCAGGACCCACCAGAAGUCUUUUUGAAGAUCAACGUAGACGCAGCUGUUUGUGCCGCCAGUUGUUCGUCUGGGCUUGUUAUUCGUGGGUCAGACGGGCAUGUGGUGUUGGCGCUCGGGCUGCAGCUUCAAGGAAUAUCUAUCCUUAUCUGGCAGAGCUUCUAGCUUUUAGAGACGCCAUUUCCAUCGUAGCCUCAAGAUCCUUGACCCACGUGAUAGUCGAAGGUGAUUCCGAAGUGGUGGUCUACCAAGUCCGUCAAGAUGUCUUUGAAGUCUCAAUUGGUAUUCUGGUCUUACGAGAGUGUCUUCAGAUCCUUAGCUCUUUGUCUGUUUGUAUAGAGUUUAGGGCGGUACAUAUAUAAAUCCGCCAACAAUGCUGCCCAUAGAGUGGCGCGUAAAGCACUGGUUUAGUCUCGUGUAGAGCUAGAAUCUUUUGAUUUUUUGGGGUGGCUUCUUUAGAAUCUGUUAGGGGUCCUCGGUAGAAUUGUAAGUUAAACUAUUUUCUUCCAUUGAUAUCACUCAUAAAUUAAAAAAAAUGUUUUAAGAUU